AUGGCGGCUAAAAGAGCUGAAGCUCCUUGGCUUUCACAUGCAAAGGAAGAUAUCUCUAGCACUAAGGAAUGGAAAGAGCUUGUAUCAGAAGUAUUCGAAGCUGUACGACAACAACUAACAGAGAACCAUGUUUCAUAUUUCUCAGACCUCACCGAUUCCGAGAAGAUUCUGUUCUUAGAUCGAGCAUCUAAGCUCGUCAGAACCAGUUUUCGACAUAGUAACUUGGUUGCUAGGGUAUCUGCUAUCCUUGAUCAGCAGAUAAAUGAUGGAAUAAUGGAAGAAUUGAUGAAUCCCUCCAACAAGAAGCCUAAAACAGAGCUUGUAUUGGAUUCUGCUUCUGAUGCGUGUGCGGAUUUGCUUAAAAAAUGGCCAGAUUUGAGGUCCAAACUGUUGACCUGUCUAAACCGACCUUUGCCUUUAAAGCUUAGAAAAGUUAUUUGGGAAAUGUUUCUCUUAAAUCCUAAAAUACGAGAUGAAUACUUGAACAGGAAGCUGAAAAGCUCGAAAACUAACAAUAACACUAAUACGAUAGAGAGUUCCAUUGAGCAAAGAUGUGAAGCGUUCUUGGCUUCAGAACAAAGUUUUCAAGGGCUUUCCUCUCAACAUUCAUCUAUUGUUAUUUACGUUAUGAAAAACUGUCUGACCUACAAACACUCUUCUCUCAAGGAAUCACUGGCAGACACAGACUAUUUGUUAAUUCUUCCAUUUGUUAAGGUUUUAGUACAGGAUAUCAGUAUCCAUGGUGAUAGUUACCAUGGUGACAGUCUUAACAGUACUGUUGCAAAUUUUGUUGGGAUAUUCUUUACAUUUAUGGAGUUGAGGCCUACCUAUAUGAAAGACUCAGGAACAAAGGAAUUUCAUGCAGCACUUAAAGAAAUAGGAGACACCAUGGCAACCAUAUUAGAAUCGCAAGACCAUCAACUUGCAGCAUCAAUAGUGAAGUCAUUUGCUCAAGGCAACAACUCGGCAAGUCUGGCCUCUUGUCUUUCUUCCCUGAUGAGAUCAUAUUUAAGAAGCUCAUUUGUUGGUUACUUACCAAUGGAUGUAGUAUGUUAUAUCUGGGACCAACAUAUUCUAAGUAUGAAGCUACAGAAACUGAACUGCAUACCAACGUUUGCUGUAGUUCUUUUGAUUUUAUUGAAAGACAAGAUUCUCAUGUGUCACAAUGAAAAAGAUGUUGAAGAGGUAUUGUUAAGUGGAGCAAAGGAAUUGAAGACAAGACAAUUCCAGAAUGAGAUUGAUGAAAGGUUCAUGCCAAGUUGGAAGCAACAAAUUAAUGAUCUCCAAGGUUCAGAACUACCACUGGUUGAUCCUGUUGCUACAUUAGGUGCCACACAGCCAUGGACGUGGUGGUUCCAAGAACGACCAGCCACAAGGCAAAGACCUGAAGACAGACAAGCAGCAAGAGAAGCCAGAGAGAUGGAGAGACUGCUUCUUCAAAAGCAGAGAAGGAAGGAAGAAAUCCAAAGACAAAGAGAGGAAGAGCAAACCUUGAGAGACGUUUUUAACAAAGACAAGCAAACCCAAGUUGACAAGAUCACAUCUCUGGAACAUGAACUAACACAAGAGCGUCAAACAAGACACCUGAUGGAGCAAGAAAUGAGCUCAGAGAUAAGACAACUACAGGAACAACUUGCAAGAUUCCAAGCCCAAAAAGGUCAGGAACACCUGGCUCCAUCUAGACACAGUCUAUCAGCUGCCAAGUCAGCAAGUCUUCCUCCAACACCAGUUUCUUCCAUUGCUGUUCCUCAAUCAUCCCAAAAAGAUGAAGUGAAAAACAUCCUUAAGGGUUUACUGAGUCAAGCUAUGUAUGGAGUGAAUCACUUAAUACACGGCACAGCACAGGAAAAUGAAGCAAUACAAGAAGUGGCAAAGCAAGUGUUGAAGACAACAAGACAAGAGUGUGAGAAAGCACAACUAACUUUGUUUGGAAAGGAACUUAGUGAUGAAGACUGGAUUAACAUGACAACAGAACAAAGAUAUGACAAUAAGGAAAUAUUGUUGAACAAACUGAAAGAGUUGCACAGAAAAUAACUCUGGAAAGUAAAGAGUGUAGGUUGCGAGAGUCUGUGAGAUAAAUCGUCCAUGUGUUAUAGUCCUUUAAAAUGAUAUAAUGAUGGUUAAACUAAACAAGUGUUUCAGGCACCACUGAGGAUGAAAAAGUCCACCUGCUACAAGCAAGGACCCAUGGCUCACCAUCCAACCCAGUUGGGAUGUAAUUACCUAAUAUACUACCUACUCAAGGGGGGAGGGGGUGGGAGCAAUGGAGCACAUCUACAGUGACCCCAUUGCCCUGUACGUGUAUGCAUGUGUCCAGUGAGAGACUUCUGACCAGCAUGACUUAAAUUUGUUUAAAAUACAAUUGACAAUGGUGCUAUAUUU